AUUCGAACUCGGGCGAGGGAUUCCGAGACAACCAAGCAAAAGCGCGCGACGAGAAGGGCUUCACGGCAGCACGGCACGGAGCCCAGGGGUCAGGGGAUACCCUCGCCAUGGAGCACCCGGCUGACGACUACGAUCGUGUGGAAUUCGUGGAAUCACUGGUGAAUUUAUCAAGGACCGCGGCUGGCCGCGCUCGGCUCAACGCCGACGGAGCCCUCGCGGCUGUCCUCUGCCGCCUCUCCUCCUCCACCGCGCCCGUCCUCAUCUCCCGCCUCCGCCUCGUCCGAAACCUCUGCGCCGACGAGACAGUUAACCAGGACGCCUUCGUCGAGUCGGGCGGCGUCGAUAGGUUGGCCUCCGUCUUUCUCACCGGCCUCCCCGUGUCGACUGAGGUAGUGCGAACGGUGUUUCAGGUGCUGGGCAAUGUCGCCUCGGCCGGCGAGGCGCACCGCGCCGCCGUCUGGGCCCGGUUCUUUCCCGUCUGGUUCCGCAAAAUUGCUGCGAUGUCCGACCCUGCGGUGUGCAAUAGCCUCUGCAUGGUCUUGGAUACGUGCUGUUCUGCCACGGGAGGGCGCCGGAGAUUGGGAGAGCUUUGUGAUGCCGGGCGAGGCUUGCCGAUCGUCUUGAACAUCGUCUACACCAUGUCCCGAGGUUGUCAUAAAGAGGAGUACUUCUAUUGGCUCUUAGGUAAAGCAUGUAUGGAGGGAACAUAUUUCACCAGAGUGUUUCAGGGAUUAAGUUCAACAAUUAUAUUGGAUGGUUCCGGUGGUGUUGACUGCACAUAUAAGAAAUUUUCUAAUGCGCAAGUGUUCCUACUUGAAACACUAUCAGACUACUUGACUGGCUGGCCUGGAUAUCUUGACAGCAUUUCCAAACAUUUUGCUCUAAGUGUUCUGCAAGUUUUGGAAGAAGCUUCUUCAGUUGUUGAUGCUAGGUCCCAAAGCCAUUCUGUUUCUCCCACUUGUUGGCUUGUAACUGAUAUUCUAAAGUACUCAUUUGUAAUUCUGAGGAAUAUAUGUUGCUGGAAGGUUCAUUCCUUGCCAGCUGCAGAGGACCCUGCUAACUCACUGCUAUCUGCAGGCCUCCUACAACUUCUUUUAAGAUUUCUUCGAGAACUGGAUCCCACAUAUAUUACUAAGAACUGGGCAAUACAGACAUCCACAUAUUUGAAAGUUUGUCCUUACGUAGGGUUUCAGACAGAUGUAGUUUCUGUCAUUUGCAAUUUCCUACAUGGAAGGAAGCAGGUUCAAGAUGAUAUCAGAAAGCAAGAUGGAAUCUCUUUGCUCUUGCGACGGUGUGUUAUUGAUGGAUGUUGGCCUUUAUUGAGAGAAUGGGCAACAUUGUCAGUGCGAUACUUGCUGGAUGGAAAUCUAGAAAACCAGUACAAAGUAGCUGAACUUGAGCAGAAGGAACCAGUUAUUACACCUGAAAUUUCUCGAAUGGGACUAAGAGUGGAAGUUGACCAGGAAAGUAAACGUCAAAAGAUUGUAAAUGCUUCAUCAGAUUACAUAGAGCUUCUUACUCUAAUGCUGAUUUAAGGUGGAUGUCAUGUGGAUAUUGGGCACUUUGAUGAUUGUGCCAGUGGAUAAAUGUCUUGUUUAAAUGGAUGUCCUACUUGUUUGCCUCAGUACAUGUACGGUAUGUGCAGCAGACCAUAUCAAUCCUUGAACGUCUAAUAUGUUCGGUGUUUUUCAUAGAAACCGCUUUGUAGCUCACAAAUCUUUGCACUUAAAUUAUUAUUUUUACCCUCCCUCUGCA